AUUUAUCUACAUCCGGUGAAAGCGUCUUCCCAUGUUGUUGUUGUGUUGCCGGUUCGAGUCCAAAUGUUACCGACAACUAAAGAAAACCGGCUCGCAGGUGUAGUUAGCGAAACAGUCCGAGGAUUACAGACGCCGUGAGUCGGAGUGCACUCAUGUCGGGCAGGAGCAGCGGCGUGGAGUGGGUGGAGACAGCCGAAGAGAUAGUUAUAACCGAGGAGUGUGUCCCACCUGACAACAGCAACACCUGUGCAGUGAUUUCAGUCAUAGAGCCAGAAGAGACGCCGAUCCAGAGGUUACUGGACACUGUGGGGCAUGAAGACAACCUGGAGGCUCAUAAUGGCUUUUAUUGCGACGAGUGUCUGACUCUCUUCCAGGACCAAAGUGAUCCCACCAACAUUGGUGGCCCGUCUUUUGUUCUUGACUUUCCAAUGAAAUCGGGCGUCCCGCAGAGGGCCCUCCUCACUCUUCCCUACGGCCUGAUGAUAGGCAGAUCCAGUAUUCCCUUUGCAGGCGUUGGGGUCAUUAAUCACGGACCAGUAAUGUCUCCAGGAAUGCAUUUUGGACCGUAUGAGGGGGAAGUGACGACGAGGGAAAAUGCUGUGGCGAGUGAAUUCUCCUGGGAGAUUUACAAAGGAAAAGAUGAGUACGAGUACAUUGAUGGUGCCAGAGAAUCAUACUCGAACUGGAUGAGGUACGUUAAUUGCGCUCGAAAUAGAGACGAGACGAACUUGCUGGCAGUCCAGUACAAAGGCAGCAUCCUGUAUCACUGCUGUCGCACCAUACACCCCGGAGAUGAGCUCAUGGUGUGGCCCAGCAGCAAACUGCUCACCAACUUUAGUGAAGCUUGGUCGCAGGUGUGGUUGCUGAAGUUGAAUGCAUCAGAGAGCAAUAUGACUGCGACAGCUCAGGUCUUGCUGUGCUCCCACUGUCAGCUGUCCUUCACCACAGAGGCCUUCCUCCAGCGACACACAGAGUACUUCCACAUGCAGCCUAAAGUUGACUGUACACCACCAGCCGAGCCUGAAAAUCCUGCUUCCAGCGCAGACUCCCUGGUGGAGUUAACCAUCAACCCCGUAGAGUCCAAUACGUGCGGCGAUUGCGGGAAGAUCUUCAAGCAAAUACCUCACCUGAGGAGACACAAGCUUUGCGUGCACUCAAACAAACGGCCCUACUGCUGCCCACAGUGCAGGCGGAGCUUUAGUCAGGCGUCUGGAUUAAUCAGACACCAGCUAGUCCACAAAAAGGAGGCCGUGAUAAAAGACGCAGACAUUGUUCCUGAUCAGAGCACAGUGCUUAGUGAGAAGAACGAGAGCUUGACAGAUGCAGAUCCAGCUGUAACCGAGGAAACAAAGGAAGUGGAUGCAGGUGAGAAUCUAGAAGAAGCUAUGGAUAUAACUGAAAUUGACAACCGUUCUGCAGGAGAGGCGGAAACAUCACGGUCCAACUGUUCAGACUGCGGAAAGAGCUUCACAAAUGAAGCGGCCCUUAGGAAGCAUAAGGUGACGGUCCACGAAAGGUUGCGUCCGUACGUCUGCACGGUUUGUCAGAUGUGCUUCGGCCAGUACAACGACCUGACCAGGCACCUGCGCAGUCACCAGAAGCGAAGCAGAAGUAAAGAACCAAUAAAUCCGCUUCCAGAGGAGUCGACCACGAUGCCGUUUAGCUGUGCCGAGUGUUCACUGGCUUUUCCGUCAGUGGACGCCCUUCAGCAGCACAUAAGUCAGCAUCACUCAGGGGAGAUUGUUGUGGAAAUUCAAGAUGACGAUCCACCGCCUGCUGUUGAUGAUCAGAGCAACGAUCCAGACUUUAUCCCACAAGCCUCUGUGGCUGAAUCUACCCAAAAACUUUCCUCUCAGAGGCCACAGCGACUUGGAGCCAGAUCUAAAAUUUCUGCCAUAACCAAGCUCAUCGCUCCAAAACGGAGGUCGACCAUCUGCAAGAAGCCGUCACCCAGUUCCGCCCAAGCUGAGGGGAGCUCCGCCGAACCAGAGGCAACUGUCGACACGAACAGAAAGCUGACAAAAUUCAAGUGGUUCAGCUGUAAUCGCUGUAAACGAACGUACUCGAACCCAGAUGAGCUUAAAGUGCACAAGUGCAUGCUGAGGCAGCACAAGUGUGGUCAGUGCGGGGCGACCUUCAAUAAGUCUGGCUUCCUGAAAAGACACGAGCAGAUGGUACACACUAAUGCCAAAUCCUACAGCUGUGACCGCUGCGGUAAGGUCUUCGCCACAUCUGCAAACCUCAAACAGCACCAGAAGAGCAACACUUGCAUGAAGUAUCACUGCACGUCUGAGCUCUUCCCGUGCUCAUUUUGCCAGUUCUCCUUCACGAUGAAGAGCUACCUUAUUAAACACAUCAAGAGACACCAUCCCGUGGAGUAUCUGUCACUGUGCAACUCGGAUGGCCUCACGGAUCAGCUGGAGGAAGAGGAAGAGGAAGAGAAGAAAGAGCGUGUGUGCCCCCAUUGCGGGAAGAAAUGCGCAAGCGCCAAAGCUUUCAAAUCUCACGCGUGCCUCCAGCAGGUGAAGGUGCUGUACUUGUGCACAGACUGCGGCAAGGGCUUCACGAACCCCUACAGCCUCAAGCAACAUCAGCGCAUUCACACGGGGGAGAAGCCUUACAACUGCCCCCAGUGCAGCAAAAGCUUCUCCUACGCCGGACAGCUCAACGUGCACCUCAGGACGCACACCGGCGAGAAGCCGUACCUGUGCACCCACUGCGGAGAGAGCUUCAGACAGUCGGGCGACCUGAAGCGUCACGAGAGGAAGCACACGGGCGUUAGGCCCUACAGCUGCCCUGAAUGCUGCAAAAGCUUCAGCCGCCCGCAGAGUCUCAAAGCUCACCAGAUGCUUCACCUGGGACAGAGGAUGUUUAAAUGCACCCAGUGCGGGAAGAGCUUUUCCCGAAACUACCACCUCAGGAGACACCAUCAGAAGAUGCACUUGUAGUCACUUUCUAGGAAUGUGGAUGCUGUACCGGUGUAAACCGAAUUGCACUAAAUUGGUCGAGUACUUCACGACUGUGCUGUUUUGAAUGUCCUGUACAUAACAUUAUUUAGACUUUAAAGGUCCAGUGUGUAGGAUUUAGUGGGAUCCAGAGGUGUAGUUGCAACCUUCUCAAUUCACCCUUGCACAAAGGAGGCUACUGUGGACUAAGUGGAAGAGGCGAUUGUGCAUAUAAAAGACUUCUCUUCAGGUGAUUAUACACCUUCUACCAUAUCCUGUAAAUACAGCCCACCAAGGGUGCAUUCAGACAGGAUCAGGCGCUGUGGAGAAUCGCUGCAGGGUUGUCCGGCAGUGUCAGGAUGGCUGCUGGACAGAACCACUGUGAAACAAUCAGGAUAUAACUGAUUAACCGACUUUAUCGAUGCCGGUGCGCCCUCUCAUUCACUGUCAAUGUCACUCAACCACCAAAGCAGAUUGUCUCGCAAUUUCGCAGCGCAAAUUGCGAGACAGACUCAGAUUUUGGAAGCUGGGUACCUGAAAAUAAACAAAGCCAGAACACACAACAGAGAGUAUCAGAGUUUAGUCCAUGAAUCCACCUGGACGGUCUUGGUUUCAGAGACAUUUCAGGCUGACUGUGGAGGUUUGACGGGCUACAAAACACACUACUCCCACUCAAAUAAAUGGAAAAACUUGAACGUUUUCAACCUCCGCAGUGCCGGAUCACAGUCUGAAUGUGCCCUAAAUCUGACAGACUGGGCCUUUUUUUUAAGUUUGUUCAAAUCUGAAGCAUUUCAUAUCCAAAAAAGAAAGUUUAUUUUUAUGUUUAGAAAGAGGUCAAAAUGAAAAUAAACACGUCAUUCAUUCCAUGCUGUGAACUUUGCUUUGAAAUAAUAAUAAAUAAAAAGACCAGUUUGACCAU